UAAUAUAGAAUUAUGGUGGAUAACUGACUUAUUUUAAUUUAAUUAAUUUUGCUUUUAUCAAUAGUGUAACAGCAGUUAUUACAUAAUACACUCACCUAUAAUGUUGCUCACGUUAUCAUUCUGUGAAGGUAAAACUAUAUAUUUUUUUGUCUCUUUUUAGAGCAAGCAUGAGUGCUACUUGAGUAGAUACGAGGAACUCACAUCUGCAAAGCGAAAGAAGACUGUGAUUCCCUCCCCUUCCAUGAAGCAGGCCACAUUAAUGGGUAGCUGGAACACGAUGCCUCAGAGAUCCAUCGACAAGGCAAUCAUGAAGUAUGUUGUCCGAGGACUUCAGCCUUUCAACAUUGUAGAGCAAGUAGCUUUUUGCGAUUUUUGUGUUAGACCUGGUGCCAAAUAGCAAAAUAAUGACAAGAAUCACACUCACAUCUAUGAUUGAUGAUGCUGCCAAACAGAUGAAGAUCAAGAUUAUUGAGGCCAUGAAAACUGUUGACCACAUCGCGACGACCACUGACUGCUGGUCAGCCAGGCGGCGUAGUUUCAUUGGGGUCACGGCUCACUGGCUGGACCCGGAAAGUUUAAAAAGGUGCUCAGUGGCCCUGGCCUGUAAAAGAUUAAGAGGCUCUCACACUUUCAACCUUCUGGCAAAUGCACUUAAUGAUAUCCAUGCGGAGUAUGACAUUCGGGGGAAGAUAGUCAGAACAACCACGGACAAUGUCUCCAACUUCAUUAAAGCCUUCAAAGUCUUUGGUGGAGAUGGAAAUAAUGCUGGUGCUCUAGUUCAGGAGGAGGAGGAGGAAGAGGAGGAAGAAGAAGCAGACAAAGAUGAGGAGGAGGUAGAGUUUGUCGAUGUAUCUUCACUUUUGGAUGAGGAUGAUGGUUUUGAGUUCCAGCUCCCAAAGCACCAGCGUUGCGCAUGCCACAUUCUUAACCUAAUAGCCACUGCCGAUGCCAGCAAGGCAGUGUCCAAUGACGCGUACAAGAAAUUAUACUACUCAACAUUUGGCAAGUGCAAUGCACUUUGGAAUAAGUGUUCAAGAUCCUCAACAGCAGCUGAAACUGUGGAAGAUGCCUGCUCCCUCCAGCUUGUGCGACCGAAUGCAACGAGGUGGAACUCUUUGUUCAUGGCUGUGGAGAGACUGCUCAGGAUAGGGAAAGAAAAGGGAGAGGCAACAAUGAGAGUUUUCUGCACAGAUUUGAAGGUUCCAAUGUUUAAUCCAGCUGAACUUGCAUUCCUGUCAGAGUAUUCUGCUGUCAUGACUCCAGUCACCCAAGCAACUAACAUUUUGCAAGCUGAAACCAAUGUCCAGAUGGGGUGGCUGCUCCCAACUGUCAAGCUCCUGAAAAUCAAGCUAAACAGGAUCAAGCUACCGCUGAAGUACUGCAAGCCGCUUGUGGAUGCCUUGCAGGUGGGCAUUGAGAAUCGCUUUGGCCCUAUGAUGGAAGACCCAGAGCUGGUGGCUGCUGCUAUUCUGCUUCCAAAAUUUAGGACAAAUUGGACACAGGAAGAUGAGACAAUCAAAAUAGGAAUGGACUAUAUCAAACGAAGCAUUGAAGACCCCUCGUUGCAGUCCAGUGAGGUCAACAGGUCCAGCUCAUCUGAUGAAGAGGACUUCUUUUCUGGCAUGCAGGGUUUUAAGGCACAAGACAGUGCCAAACCACUAGAUGCGUACUUGUCAUGUUCAGCAGAUAACAUGGACUUGCUCAAGUCUUUUCCAGCUGUGUGCAAGUUGUCUGUUAAGUUAAACACACCCCUUCCAGCAUCAACAGCCUGCGAGAGGCUUUUUAGUAUCACAGGAUUAGUCUGUAGCCCUAGAAGAGCGAGACUGAAUACAUUCAAUUUUGAAAACCAACUACUUUUGAGGAUAAACCAAAGAUUUCUAACUUCCUAAAUACGACUGCUUUAUGCAUACCAGUUUAAGAAGUGAAUAAGCUGUGGAGAAAAAAAAAAAGCACAAGGAGGGAAGAGAGGGUAGAGAUGCUUUAAAGGGGAAGGGGCAUAUUUGAUCUGUUUUUGUUUACAAAUAUUUAAGCUGUGUUUUUAGGUGCUCUAAUCACUUUUGUUUUUACAUAAGAAAUACUUGAAUGCGGCCUUCUGGCUUUUGAGAUCUUUUAGUUGCCCUAACAAGUUGAGGGUGAAAGGAAAAUGUGUAACUUCCAAAAAUGACUGCUUUAUGCACACUAGUUUAAAAAGGUAAUAAGCUGUGGAGAAAAAAAAAACAAGCAGGGAAGAGAAGGGAGGGGUGCUAAAGGGGGAA